AUGGCCGCCAUGCGCCACUUUGUCCCUGCUCCCCCCUUGGCCCUGAAUGCUGGGGGACCUCAGGGGCCCCACAGCCCAGGGGCCCACAGCCCAGGGGCCCGACGGCGAGGCACCACUCUGCUGAAACCACAUGAAAACCUCUUCAGAGGAAGGGGCCAAAGUCUGGCCCCCCAGACCAGCAUCAGGGGGCCCCCUGGGGUCAGGGGCCAAAGUCUGGCCCCCCAGACCAGCAUCAGGGGGGCCAGACUUUGGCCCCUGACCCCAGGAGCCAAAGUCUGGCCCCCCAGACCAGCAUCAGGGCCCCCCCCCUGGGGUCAGGGGCCAAAGUCUGGCCCCCCAGACCAGCAUCAGGGGGGCCCCCUGGGGUCAGGGGCCAAAGUCUGGCCCCCCAGACCAGCGUCAGGGGGGCCCCCUGGGGUCAGGGACCAGAGUCUGGCCCCCCAGACCAGCAUCAGGGGGGCCCCCUGGGGUCAGGGCCACCCCCUGGGGUCAGGGGCCAUCGUCAGGUCCACUCAUCUAGCGGAAAGAAAUGGAAACGUUAUCCUCAAGAAGCUGAAGAGAACCUUCCUGUUCAAGGGAUCAGAAGACCCCCAAGUAGACCCCCAAGUAGACCCUGUAGUAGACCCCAAAGUAGACCCUCUAGUAGACCCCCAAGUAGACCCUCUAGUAGACCCCCUCUCCAGUAGACCCUCUAGUAGACCCCCAAUGGGGGGCCCCCCACUGAGGGGCUCAGUGGGGGGCCCUCUCAGUGGGGAGCCCCUCAGUGGGGAGCUCUCAGUGGGGGGGCUCUCAGUGGGGGGCCCCUCAGUGGGGGGCCCUCUCAGCGGGGAGCCCCUCAGUGGGGGGCCCUCUCAGUGGGGAGCCCCUCAGUGGGGGGCCCCUCAGUGGGGGGCCCUCUCAGUGGGGGGCCCUCUCAUUGGGGAGCUCUCAUUGGGGGGCCCCUCAGUGGGGGGCCCUCUCAGUGGGGGGCCCCUCAGUGGGGGGCCCUCUCAGCGGGGAGCCCCUCAGUGGGGGGCCCCCCACUGA